UCCGGGGUUCCUAUUGACUUUUGUACAGUCUUUGUGCACGUAGCGUCUAUUGCAGCCAGGCCAGCCGCCCAUUUUGUUUACGUGUAAUCCAUUCAUUCAUUUUGCAAUGGCUUUUUUGCGUGCGGAAACCAUUGUUCGAGAGGUGUAGCGUUUGGGACCAAGGCGUCGGAAUGCAGCCAACUUUUGACGACAAAUACCAUUUUCCCGCAAUAGAUCUUUUACUUCUUUCAUCAUUUGGAAGUUCCUGAGAUAUGUAUAAAACAUGAAUUCCAGACGAUUUACAAGCGAUUAUGAUGACACCGAUAGUGCCAGCGAUGGAGAUGAUUAUACUGAUCAGGAUAUGAGCGAUUCUUCAUUUUCAUCAUCGUUCUAUUCACGCAAAGAGAUUAGCAGAGCAAGAUGGACAAAAGAUGAGGACGACUUGCUGAAGCAAGCGAUCGAGGUUCACGGUACUCUGGACUGGAAGCAGAUAGCGAGUUUCUUCUCGAACCGAUCGGAACUCCAGUGUUUUCAUCGGUGGCAGAAAGUUCUUAACCCUGACCUGGUAAAAGGUCCUUGGACUACAGAGGAGGAUGAGCGAGUAGUUGAUUUGGUUCGCGAGCAUGGCCCAAAGCGUUGGUCUCUCAUCAGCAAAUUCCUUGUAGGACGAACUGGAAAGCAAUGCAGAGAGAGAUGGCACAAUCAUUUGAAUCCUGACAUCAAGAAAUCGGCGUGGACGAAGGAAGAGGAUUGCAUAAUCUACGAAGCUCAUAAAAAGCUUGGAAACCGCUGGGCAGAGAUUGCCAAGCUACUACCCGGAAGGACGGACAAUGCAAUCAAGAACCACUGGAAUUCUACAAUGAAGAGAAAAGUUGAGACUUGUAACCCGUACACACCUAGUAAAUCAUCCAACACUCCCCAUUACACCAACACUAAUGAAAAUCAGAAGCCGAGUAGCAGUCGUUCUAAGAUCUACACACCAGACAGUGACUUCAUGAAUGCAAAUUCUAUUAGAGAUGCCCUGCGGAUGCGAGGUCAAGGUCAACGAGUGGUGCGUACCCUCUAUCCUAUGGGUCAUGAGAGCAUGAGUCAAGAUGGAGGUGAAAGUUCAAAGGUUACUCCAGAUUUUAAUAGUCCUCAGAAAUGGAUGAACAACAGUGGGGAAAUAUCACCCUUCAGAGAUUUUCGGGAGUUGAUUGAGGCCAGUGCCCAUCCGUUCGAUGUGGAUGACAAGGAUAAUAGCAUCACGACCUUUGACCUGUCACUGGGUAUCAAUUCAAGUACUCCCAUAAAGUUCACCCAUAUGAACUCCAAAGGCUGUGUCGACUAUCGUUUUGACGGCCAGGCCCUUCUAGAUCUGUCCAGGGAGACAUCAGGUGGUCUUAUUCCGAUCACGUCACCUGUCACUUCUAAGUUUAGCACCCCUCCAACUAUCCUGAGGAAAGCCAAACAGCGCAAGCGAGUGAGAACAAGCUCCUCUUCCUUUGAUGUCUCCAUGGAUUCAUCGUUAAGCUCCACCCUGAACACGCCCAAUACCUCUCGGUAUAUAAUAGGGGAGAAUAAGACCCCCCAGGGUACCCCCAUCAAGACCCUACCCUUCUCCCCCUCCCAGUUCCUGAAUGUGAGCACCCCGGCAACAUGCUCCUCCUCUUUACUCCUGACCUCCACUCCUAUUGGUGGAAAUCAUUCUCAAGCCACACCCACAAUGCUCUCAACACCAGUUGGCACAUUCCGAACACCACGAAUCAGACGAUCGCUGAUCGACACGCCCAGGACUCCAACUCCAUUCAAGGACGCCCUCGCUGCCAUUGAGAAAGCAGGUGGACCAAUUAGGAAAAUGCCUCAUACCCCAAACCAGCUUUCUGAUAUCUCAGAGAUCAUCGCGAGAGACGAGAGAGAGGGACAGAAUAAAAGAGCCGUCAAUAAUUUGAAGCGUUCCAUCCUCCAGAAGGCUGAAUCAGUAUCGCCCAUGAAGAAAGUCAGAAAGUCACUGUCCAGCUGCUUACAAAGGGAAAAAGAGAAUGGGUCUGGAAACCAGACUAGGCCAGAGGAGCCAGAUGAGAGUAUCUUGGCGUCAAGUCUACUAAUGUCGCCCCCUAUUGGUAGUAAAGUGCAAGGGUCAAUCCUCGGCGGUGAGAUGAGUAUAAAAGCUCUCAACGAAGCCUUCAGUAUGCCUUCCACCCCAUCCCCUGUCGCUCCAAAGAGGUCAAAGGUCAAAGUUGAACCAGUCAACAAGCCGCUAGUUCAAGCAAAGGAGUGUCCAAACAAAGAAUGGUGGCAGAUCACUCUCGGUCAGACUAGAGACCAACAGUUCAUGAGCGGUCAAGCGCGACGGAUGAUUCUACGAGAUCGUGUUCCGAGGUCACUCGUACUUUGAGAUGAAACAUAUCAGCAUAUCAGGUCACAGAGAUGCCAACUAGUACUGAUUUUCAGUAUUUAGUACUGAAAAAUGAGAAGCAUACUGAUGGUUUCAUGCAAAAUACUGAUUUAUGAAGUUCCGUCUUAUGUGUUGUGCUAUGGUAUUUCUUUGAAAGUACUGAUUUCCUCACCAAAAUAGUGAUUUCCAGCAUUUAAAAUAUUGAAAUGUUUGUGUUCAGGUUGGCAGCUCUGAGGUCGUUUCUUUUGCAGUUUUAAAGGAGCAUAAAUAUUGUAUUUUCAUCUGACUUUGGAUUUUUCCCCCCUGCAGUGAUUCCAUAUGGGAUGCUGUAUAAAGGAAGAAUACAUCAAAAUGCUCUGAAGGGACUACACAAUAGAGAUUUCAGAUGUCUUCUCUCAUUAAUUCCAGACACAUCUGAAUAGUCAUUUAACUUAAUUACCAGAAAGUGGCUUCAAAAUCUGUGAUUUGAACCAAUGAAUUAUGCUAAUUUCAACUGUGGAUUAUGCUUAAUUUAGCAAGUAUAAUGUUAGAGCAUCCAAUAUAAUGAUGCCAGAACGCUAUUUUGUGUUGCUAAUUUUUUUUUUUAAUAGAAAUAUGCAGAACGUAGUUGAGAGCUUGUUUUAUCAUUCUGGACAAGGAAUUUUUCAUAUUAAAAUGCUUUUGCGUUUCGUAACUGAACAUGCCUUCAAGAAUUAGGAAUGCACAUCUGUUUAAUCAUAUUAUAUUUCAAAAUACAACACUUCAAUUUAAAUGCUUUAUUGCUUCAUAACAUGCCUUCAAUAAUUAGGAGUGCAGAUUUGUUUAAUCAUAUUAUACUUUGAAAUACAACACUUCAAUUUGAAUGCUUUACCGCUUCAUAAAAUGUAUCUGAACAUGCCUUGUGGCAAAUGUUGGAAGGAUGUUUGCUCGUAGCUUUCAAGUUGAAAGGUAAAUGAAAGUAAUGUAUACCGGGUAUCUUGUAUCUUGAGAGCGCAGAAUUUGAUAUAUUCCUGGCAUGCCUCUCAGUAUAAAUAAGUAAUGAAACUGUGUAAAGUGUAUUUUAUACUAGGCAGGAUGUCGUACUAGGAAGUCACAUAGAAUUAAUGGAGUCUGAAGCGAUCUCUCCAAUAUGGGACCAUAUCCCAUUUUGCAAUUUUCAAAAAAAAAAUGUCUGCCAUAGUUUGUUAAAUGAGUUUCCCAAAUGAGCAAGUGGGAAUUGUUCUCUCAUUCAUUUUUCUAUUUUGAUCAAAAGCCAUUUGAGCUCUUUAAAAAGUGAUUUGAGCUCUUAUGUUUCGUCCAGAAUAAAUAAACAUGAUUUUUUUUUUAAAUUUUCUUGACGAACGGUCAUCUGAGAGCGGCUACGUGCAAAACCACAUCAAUUGUUUCAAUUAUGUUAGUAAAAUAAUCACAAUUGAUCAGUUUUUAACUACGAUACAACAAUACAUGUAAUGUAUGUAAAAAAGUAGAAAUAACAUUUUUUGAUAAUCAAAUGAUAUUCAUUUAUUUGUCAUAGACAGAUGUAACAUGAUUAUAAACAUACAUAAAAAUAAUGACUCUUCAAUCCCAUUUAGACAAAUAAUUAUUUCACAAAAAAUGUUGUAUAUAUAAUAAUAUAAAUAUGUUUUAAUACUGUAAAUCGACAAUGGUUUCUUUCAUAUCAAUAAUACACAAACCACCAUUAAAUAUAAACUAAAUCUGCCAAGCACAUAUGUUAAAUUUGCAGCUUUCAUGAAAAUUCAAUACAUGUAUUAGUACUCUAAUAAUAUCAAUAUGAACUAUAUGCAAUCAAAUCAUUUUCAUAAUUAACAAAAUAAAUGCACUUAAGAAACUUUGAACAAUAAUGUAUAAUUAUGUUUUGUGUUCUACAUGUAAUUAAUUGCUGAUUUGUGCAGUGUUAGAAUAGAGUCAUAAAUCAGGAAAGAAAAACAAAAUAUAGAUACAAAGUGAAGAUUUUACAUGUGUAUUUUGAUGAUGAAACAUUUUCACUAAAUGUGGAGAGCCUGAAUCGCUAAAAAAAACUUGGAUUAGAAAAUUUAUGUUAAUGAGAUUCUUGCAUCAAAAAGUAAUUGAUGAUACAGUAGCAACUAAGAAACAAAUAGUAAAAGAAUUUAACAAAUACAAAUAGAUAGCAUGAGAACGUUGAUCUGGAUAGUACAAAAAAUGUAAGAAUAAGAAUAAUAUCAUGCUAACCAAGAAUUUGUACAGGCAAUGCUGUGUAUAUACCCUCUUCAGAACUUGUGUAUAAAUGUCUUAAUUUAUAAUAUUAUUAGUAACUGUAAUCCUGUGGACUUUGUAUGAAGUCUUCAGGAAUUUCCAAAUUCAAUAAUAGUUGGGUUUUCUGUUAAAUGACAUUUGUUCCGGCAACAUUGCUCCACUUCAAACUCCACACAUUAAUAGAAUGACCAACUUUAACCCUGGAUUAAACAUCAUACCCUAUCCUAAAUAACAUAAAACUCUAUUGCAACCCUAUCCCUAUAUCU